AUGUUCAUGGAUGCAGCCAGAGUGAAACCUGCUCGUUCCACCAACCCACCGAGCGAAGUUGAUCGGCUAAGCAGUUUGCCAGAUUGCUUGAUUUUACAGAUAUUCUUAAAUCUUCCAACCAAAGAUGUGGUUCAGACUAGUGCGUUGUCCACCAGAUGGACAACUCUCUGGAAAGACGUACCUGGUCUGGAUUUGGACGCCGAUGAUUUCUAUAUACGCGAAACAUUCGUGAGUUUUGUCGAUAACUUUCUUGAACGCAACUACGGUUUGUCCAUACAUCGGUUUAAGUUAAAGUAUGAUUCUUUUUACUUUGAAGAGCCUGCUGGUCUUAUCAACGGCUGGGUCGACACUGCUGCUAGGCUUAAAGUUCAACAUCUCGAUGUUUCGGACAGUUUUUCCGAAUGGGAUCCCAUGAUGAAUCCAACAGUACUUUACACUUGUAAUAACUUGGUGUCCCUAAGGCUCGUGGGAAUGGGCUUACCGAAUCCCGAGCGUGUUUCUUUACCUUCUCUCAAAACAUUGGUUUUAAUCCUCAUUGAUUUUACCAAAAAACAUUUUUGGAAGAAAACUUCUACCUCCAAAAAAUCACGUUUGUACUUGUGGGAAUAA